GGGCCCUCUGCCCUUGGCCGGGGCCAGGCCGGAGCUGGAGCCCCUUACCUUCCCCGCGCGCCACCAUGCUGAGCAGCCCGCCGCCGGCCCUGGGUCUUGUGCUGAGCGGCAGCGUGGCCGCCACCUCGGAUCCGCCGCCGCUGCCGCCCCCCUCGACGGCCAAACGCCGCUUUGACAUCGAGUCCCUGCUGGCCAGGCCGGAGCCGCCCCGUCGGAGCCCGCUGGCCCCCAGCGCCUGGACCUCCGUUCCCUCGCUGGCCCCAACGCGCUUCGACUGCCGCGUCGGGCUGCUGCCCUUCCCCGCAGUCUGCCUGUCCCAGCAGCCGCAGCCGCUCUUCUCGACGUCGCCGCCGCAGCCCCGCUCCUGCACGCAGCCCGGCUGCAAGAGACCAGGUCUGGAGUUUUCCCACUGUGCAGCAGCCGGCUCCCUGGGGGCUCCCCUCCCGUGGAGAUUAGGGGGCCCCUGCAAGAUGAAGCGGGUCCGCACAGUCUUCACUCCCGAGCAGUUGGAACGCCUGGAGAAGGAAUUUCUCAAGCAGCAGUACAUGGUGGGCACCGAGCGAGUAGACCUGGCUGCCACCCUCCACCUCUCUGAGACCCAAGUGAAGGUCUGGUUCCAGAACCGGAGGAUCAAGUGGCGGAAGCAGAGCCUGGAGCAGAAGGCGGCCAAGCUCUCUCAGUUUGGGGCCACCCAGCCGGCCCCUCCGGCGGGGCACGCAGAGCGGCAGGAGCAUGACGAGCACGGAGUGGAUGUUGGCGCCUCGACCCUUUGAGUGCUCCCCGGCCCCUGCGACAGACUUCCUACGGAGUGGGGGGGGGGGCCUGCAAUGUGCACCCACCGCCUGGGCCAGGACAGGAAGAGCGUUGGCUUGAUCGUGCCCGGGGGGUGGGGGGAGCUGUGCCUGUGGGCAUCUGCCACCUUGCCAGGGCCAGGCUCUGUUGGGUUUCCUAGCCAGAGAGCUGGGUUGCUGGAACAGUCCGUGAGAGCAGCCACCACCGGGGUCCGUCUCGCAGUGCUGAGCUAGGUGGACUAAGGGCCUGACUCCGUAGAGGGCAGCUCUCUGAUGCCAGGGACCAGUCCUUGGCCUUUGAAAUGGUGCUCCGUGCAAGCGCUCGUGCCAACCCCUUGGCCUCUGAGUGCCUUGUCAUACUGUGGGAUAUCCCCACCCACCCUCCCACUCUGGGAAGAAGAGCAGCCCGUUUACACAAGGGGCAGUCAGCAGUUGGGGGGAAGCCCCACACCCAGCAGCUGGAGAUGCAGGGACCCUUCUGGCAGCCGCCUCUUAUCCCUCCAACACUCUGCUCUCUGCUCUGACUGGCAGCAGCUCUCCCUGGACCUUGGCUAAGAGUCUUUCUCAGCCUGCCUGGAGAUGUCGCCAUGGAUGGAACCAGGGACCUUCUGCGUGCGAAACCAGCUCAUCUGGAUAUUUAUUUUUAUAGUGUCAUUUUUGUUAUUGAAUAUUAAUUUAUUUUUUCCUCAGAUACUUUUACAUCAUAAUAAAAUCUAGUUUUUA